GCUGCCGCACGGAACCGGCUUGGGAGCGGGGCUAUGGCUGCAGGUGUCCCCUGUGCGCUCGUCACCAGCUGCUCUUCCACCUUCACCGGGGACCGGCUGGUGCAACAUAUCCUUGGAACAGAAGAUCUUACUGUGGAAGUGACUGCCAAUGAUGCCGUGAGAUUUUAUCCCUGGACCAUUGAUAAUAAAUACUAUUCAGCAGAUAUCAAUCUAUGUGUGGUGCCAAACAAAUUUCUUGUCACUGCAGAGAUUGCAGAGUCCAUCCAAGCCUUUGUGGUUUACUUUGACAGCACACAAAAAUCUGGUCUUGAUAGUGUUUCCUCAUGGCUUCCACUGGCAGAAGCAUGGUUACCUGAGGUGAUGAUCCUGGUCUGUGAUCGAGUGUCUGAAAAUGGUGUAAGCCGACAAAAAGCUCAAGAAUGGUGUAUCAAACAUGGCUUUGAAUUGGUGGAGCUUAGUCCGGAAGAGUUGCCUGAGGAGGAUGAUGACUUCCCAGAAUCUACAGGAGUAAAGCGAAUUGUUCAAGCCUUGAAUGCCAAUGUCUGGUCCAAUGUAGUGAUGAAGAAUGAUAGGAGCCAAGGCUUUAGCCUUCUCAGCUCGUUGGCUGGAGGAAACCAUAGCAUUGGGUCAGCAGAGACCUGUCCCUCAGAGCAGCCCCAUUUGCCAGCAGCAAAUAGGACUGAAUCCCCCUUGGAUCAUCGGGGUGGUGCAUCUAGCACAACAGACGCUCAGGUUGAUAGCGUUGUGGAUCCCAUGUUAGAUCUGGAUAUUCAGGAAUUAGCCAGUCUUACUACUGGCGGAGGAGAUUUGGAGAAUUUCGAAAGACUAUUUUCAAAGUUAAAGGAAAUGAAAGACAAGGCUGCGACGCUUCCUCACGAGCAAAGAAAGUUACAUGCAGAAAAGGUGGCUAAAGCAUUCUGGAUGGCCAUUGGGGGAGACAGAGAUGAAAUUGAAGGCCUUUCAUCUGAUGAAGAACACUGAAUUAUUCACAAUAGGGUUUGACUGACAAGAUGCUAAUUCUGUCUACCUGAGAUGCUUCCCUGCUCAACCCAGUUACAUUUUGAACUUCCCAUCAUCAUGUUGGCCACCUGACUUGUUCAUAGGGUCCCCUUAAUUCUAGUUUUUAGUAGAGGUUAAGGAGAAUUCUUUUCUUCCUCAGUAUAUUAUAAAGGAGUGAGGAGUAUAAUGACAAUAAGGAGUGAUAAUUUUUCAAAUAUACUUUUGUGUUCUAGAAACAGGAAUGAAACGAGGCUCGGAGGUCUGUGUGAUUUGCCCAAGUUAAAGAAGAACACCACUAGGCCAUUCCUAGUCGACCUUUUAAGGAGCUUUCCCUGCAUUCACACUUGAUUACAGUGGAUCCGGAGCUGGUACCAACUCUCCUGGCUAUUCUGGGUUUUCUACUUUCAAGGAGUUUGCUGCUCUGAGCUUUGAUGCUUUUGAAGGGAAGAAGGGAAGCAGCUGCAGAUUUGAUUUGUGCUGUAGCAGAGGUGGGGCCAAAGGCGGUGGCCCUCGGGUUAGUCUAGCUAAAACAAUGCUUCUGGGCAUUUCAGUUGAAAUACAGUGUCUGAGCUCAUGCUCAAAAGUAUUGAGAAACCAGUGUGAAUUUCUAGACUAUAAUAAAUGAGGCAAAGGUUUCCUACUCUGGUAGGGAUAAAACAGACCCCUCUACCAAGUCAUUGUGUGUGUGUAGAAGAGAGAGAGAGAAACUUGAAGUCCCUGUAUGGGCCAUGGAAACAGUUUGUGAUCAUAUACUGAGAUUUUUCUUUUAGUAUUACUGUGAAGAAACUCUUCUUCCUUAGAAUUCUCCCCUGCUACUUCAGAUGUCAGAGUGUGUUGUACACUUUAUACCCUCAAAACAAGGCAAGUUUCUCCCCCUCUUUCUCUCUGAAAGCCAAACAGAGAUCACUGCCAAAAUAGUAACACUAAGGAGUGGGCGAGGUGGGAAAGGAUGUGAAAGGUCAGGCAAUGAAUCCUUGAGUACCUUGUGUGACUUCCAAGGCUGAGUGGGUCAGCCCCAGGGGAACUGGGAAACUUCACCAAAGGGAAAGUUUCCAAAGGAAGACUGGGAAAUACAGCAAAUAAAACUCCUCUUUCUGUUUUUGUAGACACUUUGUAAUGCAUGUCAUUAACCUUUGCUGUGGCAGUCACUGCCAUGGCUCUAAAGUGGCACAGGGCUGGAUGGUGCCGGCCCAUGGGCUGAGAACUUCUUCUGGCCUGGUGUGGGCUAUGAAACCCCUUAGGUGACUGGCAGAAGCAAGUUUCAGACCCCUCUGUGCACCACCUUUCAAGCAGUGCAGAACCUGACACAGGUGGUAAAAGGAAUGGAAUGCUCCAGGUCCCUGCCAGAGUGACCACAGGGAGUAAAGGUUUCAGUGCUUGGAGCAUUCAGGAAGAGUCAUUCCAGGAAUAUUAGAGGCUAUCUUGCUUGGUGACUUUUUUUCUUCCUUCAUUUUUUUACUAUUCUGAAGGUUUUUGAAGCUGUAUUUCACCACCAUUCCAUCAGUGUUUCUUUGAGGGGAUUGCAUUAGCUAUUGAUUAGAAAUGUAAGGGAAGUUGGCUCGGGGGUUGCAAAAUGAAAGGUGGAACAUGUCUUUCUUAAAAUGUGAAAGGUUUCCAAAAAUACAUUAGCUCACAUGGUUAGGGAAAACAGACUAGAAAAAGCUGUGAACUUGAUUUCAUGGAUUAAACAAAGCCAGAUUAAAAUGUGAUUUAUUUAUCAA